UUGCUCGUGCUUCUCUCCUUUACACCUGCAGUAAACGGGCACCGCAAUGGACCUUGUUACCGAUUUCCUGGAGCCUAUUCUCUCCUUUUUAAAGGAACAGUUGCCGCCACCAGUAUACUCUUUUAUCAUAUCGACGCUUUCGCAGUGUCUGGCGUUUUGCGCCGCAUUCUACGCUUUGGUCAGCGGCCUUUUCUCAACGAGCCCUCUCCAAUGGGACGCGCAAACAGUACUACCGCCUCUUAUUGCUGUAUUCUCGGCCUAUUUCGCCCUCAUGAGUCUGUAUCGGACUACAAGCUGGAUGUUGCGCACCAGCUUCUGGUUUAUCAAGUGGGGUACCAUUUUGGCUGCCCUGAUUGGUGCCUCAGGAUGGGUGUUUGGCAGCCAACAACUACACACCAACAGAAGCGGAGGAUUGAUGUCAUGGUCUAGCCUUGGAAAGGUGGCAAUGGAUAUGUUGAACAGUCAUAAUGCGGGUCAGGGACGCAUACCAAAGCCCAAACCGAGGACUCCUCCACAGAGACCUCGUGUGUGGGAGUCAUUUGAGCGUCACCGAGCAUGGCAAGAGGGAAAGAGUGAGCCGGAAAGCCGUGGUGACUUUAAUGCGAAGGAGGUAAUUGGGACAAUCACGCGGUGGUGGGAUUUAGCCAAGGACGCAAUGGCAGAUGGAAGGAGACAAGAAGAUGAUGGAAAUGACAGCAGGGCAAAGACAACGGUCUCAAGAUAGUUGAUCUAUAUAUUCGAACAUGACUGUGUAUAUAUUAUAUCGGAAGCGCUUAUGAAAACCACUUGU